AUGCAAGUCAUCUACGCCAUUGUCGCGCUCGCUACUAUAGCUGCUGCUACUCCUACAUCUCAAGUGCCCGGUGAUAUGAUUUUGAUUACUGUUAAUCCCAACAAUCCGUUAAAAGAUCAAGGGUGUAACUAUAUGGAAUACAACAGAGGUGAACGCGGCGGUGGUGGAGGAUGGUUCGUAAGUGUCAUUUCUCUCCCCUUUACGACGAGCCUUUUAUGGUCUGGACUACCUAGUGCGCGAAUGGCAAGCCCAAUAACUCACAGUGUUUGUUACACGAGUGGAUAAAUAGUCUUCCUUAUUAUAUUUGUGCGAAAGAGUUGGAGCCCUAG